GAAUUCAAAUAACAGUGGCGUUUCCGUAAUUGGGCAUAGCCCUGGACCAGCUCGUGUGACCGUCGCCAGUAUAAACCCCCCGCCCUCGACUCGUCGUUCUCUCUUUCCUUUCCGGCUCUUAAACACCCCCACACAGUAUCCAGUUUCCUUUUCCCGCGAGCCUCCCCGUUCCAUUUCGGGUCUCCGACCGCCCCCUCCCGAUCGGCCGAUCCGACCGUCCGUCACCUCCCUUACCCUCCGGCGGUGUAUGGCAUAUGCUUACCGGACCCAGAGGAGGACCGUCGUGCCCGCGCCCGCUCCCCCUCUGAUCGACCCCGGAACCCUAAUCCUCCCCCCGCCACCUCCGCCCCUGCCGCCGCCUCCUCCCGUCAGAUUCUUCGCCGUGCCGGUCGCCGCUGCCCCUCCGUACCCUGUCUUGGUUCCUGCCGGUCCGGCGGUCGUCGCCUCGCCCGUGCGCCUGAAUCCUGCCGUCUUGAUCCAGAUGGACCAGCAAAGGACUCAAGCCCUCCUUCAGUUCAUGGAUAAGGAGGGGCUGGUGCCGACUCAGGAAGAGGAGAUGAAGAGGAGAGAUGUGAUCGAUCAGCUUAAGCAGAUAGUUUUGACAUGGAUAAAGAAGGUGGCUUGGCAACGUCGCCUCCACAAGGACGUCGUUGCCAGCACAAGUGCAACAAUUUUGGCAUAUGGUUCAUAUGGUCUGGGAGUUCAUGGAUGUGAAUCUGAUAUCGAUGCUUUAUGUGUUGGUCCUUAUUUUGCAACAAUGGAAGAGGACUUUUUCAUCGUUCUACAGAAUAUGCUCCAAAGCAGGCGAGAAGUGUCGGAAAUUCACUGCGUCAAGAGUGCCAAGGUUCCACUAAUGCGCUUUAAAUUCAAUGGGAUUUCAAUUGAUUUUCCAUAUGCCCAGCUUCAAGCAACCUCUGUCCCUCAAGAUGUGGAUAUUUUUGAUGAGUCCUUAGUGGUAGCUGAUGAAACCAGUUGGAGAAGUCUAUCUGGAGUGCGUGUCAAUACACGCAUCCUUCAACUAGUGCCAAAUUUGAAGAACUUCCAGUCGAUGUUGCGGUGCAUUAAAUUGUGGGCUAGAAGGCGUGGAGUUUAUUCUCAUUUACUUGGCUUCUUUGGAGGAAUUCAUUUGGCAGUCCUUGCAGCUUUUGUUUGUCAGAGGCAUCCGAAUGCCAGCUUGAAUGUUCUCAUAGCUAUUUUCUUUGACACAUUUUUGCACUGGACUUGGCCUAUGCCAGUGAUCUUGCAAGACCGAUCUAUACCAUUCAAGUCUCCUGAUUUACGCCUGCUCAUGCCUAUAAUGAUGCCUUGUUGGCCAUUUGAGUUUUGCAAUUCUAAUAUUACGAGAUCCACUUUUCGCAGAAUCAUGGAGGAGUUUCAGCGGGGAUUUAAUAUGACCAAGGAUGUGGGGAGGGUGAAUUUUGGCUGGAGUUGUCUCUUUGAAGCAUAUCCUUACACAAAAAAGUAUGAUCAUUUUGUUCGAAUUUUCCUUGCUGCUCCUGAUGGUGAUGAAUUAUGUGACUGGGUAGGAUGGGUGAAGUCGCGCUUCCGCAGUCUCCUUCUCAAGCUAGAGAUGGUACAAGGAUUCUGCGACCCGAACCCCACAGAAUAUGUGGAUCAUGAUGUGGCUGAGCCUAACAGAGUGUUCUACUGGGGCCUGUUACCUAAUGAGACUGUUUUUAUCGACGCUGACUCAGUUAAAGAGGAUUUCAUGAGAAGUGUCAACAAGGAUCUUGAUGGUGACAAGAGUACCCGCUGUAAACUGGAAUUGUCUAUUGUUGAGUCCAUGCAGCUUCCUAAAUGUGUACAGAUCGACUCUGGGGGCUCAAAGGGAUCAAAGACAUGCUGGAGAAUUUUGGAUUCCAACCAUAUGAGAAAACCAGUUUACUCGCAGCAUCUCCCACAAUAUUUUGUGGGUUAUGCGGCGUCUGAUAGAGGGUACCAGAGCUGCGGUUGGAUAGAUGACCAGUUAUAGUCACUGUUUUGGUGGUGGAUGCCUUGUCAUUUUUCGUGGGGUUGUGUUUGGUUUCAGAUGCAUUUGCGAGACAUCUCAGCUAUUCAUGUGGGUGGGAUCACCAGUUUUGGGGUGUAAAAGAGCGCACAUAUAAGGGGCAAUUGGUUUUUUCUUUUCACUGGUAUUAACCUGUGAAUGCUUAUGAUUUGUAAUGUUUAAAUUAAUAACGACGUACUUUUUUCACAGCCAAAGUAUGUCUUCUCUUUGAACCAGUAAUUUCAUGUUCA